AUGACUCUAUUAGAGAACCCUCAUGUUACGGCGCUGCCUUCGUUUCCCAGCGUGUCACAUUCAGAGCCAGUCAAAGCUCCUUCAGAUCCAGCUCGAGCGCCCUCGGUGACGAUAAAAAGCACUCUCAACGACCUUGAUUCCGGUAUUCAAGCGUUAAAAUCUAAUUUUACUAUUGAAGAGCACCCUGUUGAUAUAGUAAGACCUAUUAAAGUAGGCGUCAUUGGUGCUGGGCUCACGGGCGUCAACGCGGGUAUACUGCUACCGGCUAAGCUUCCCGGGCUUGAUUUACGAAUCUACGAUAAGAAUUCAGAUGUGGGAGGGACAUGGUUUGAGAACACCUACCCUGGUGUGAGAUGUGAUAUACCCGCACAUGCAUACCAAUCGACAUUUUCGCCCAAUACACAGUGGACAGAAGAAUUCGCCCAGGGAGCAGAAAUUAGAGACUACUGGCAGAGUGUUGCAAAGAAGUAUAAUGUCUAUCAGUAUAUUCGGUUUCAGCAACAAGUGCAAAGGGCGGAGUGGCUGAAUGAAGAGGGGAAAUGGAAGGUUUCUAUCCAACAUCUAGAUGGAUCUGGCAAGGUUUAUGAAGAGAAGUUGGAUAUCCUUAUCAACGCCAUAGGUCAUUUCAACGCCUGGAAACUUCCUGAUUACGAGGGGAUCAACAACUUCAAGGGUGCUCUCUUCCAUUCAUCCAGCUGGGAGCAUAAUGUUGAUCUGAAGGGGAAGCGAAUUGCACUUAUUGGAAACGGGGCCUCGGGACUCCAAGUUCUUCCCUCAAUACAGCCUCUUGCCAGUCAUGUCGACCAUUAUACCCGUAAUCCAACUUGGAUCGCGGACUCAUUCAGCAGCGGAAAUAACGGUGUCCGUCGUCUUGAGCCAAACCUGUUUUCAGAGGAGCAAUUGGAAUCUUUCAAAGACCCUCAGAAAUACUUGGAAUACCGCAAAGAGGUGGAGAGCGGGUACUUCCAACGCUUCAGUGCGAUUUUCAAAGAUGCGCCCGACAACAAGGCCCUCAAGGAAAAAUGGACUGAGCUUAUGCUACAGCGCAUCGCCGAUAAGCCUGAAUUGGCCAGCCAGAUCCUCCCUGAUUUCCCACCAAACUGCCGUCGUCCCACUCCAGGACCUGGAUACCUUGAGGCCUUGACCAAAGAUAAUGUGGACUACAUCCGGACUCGGAUUAAGCGCUUCACUGAGAAAAGCAUUAUCACCGAGGAUGGUGUUGAAAGGGACGUUGACAUUGUCAUAUGCUCUACUGGUGCGAACACAGACCACGCUCCCCCAUUUUCAAUCAUUGCCAACGGCAUCGAUCUCAAAUACGCAUGGAAGAGAGACGGUACAUUCGGAUUCCCCUACUCAUACCUUGGAUUUUCGACACCAGGUUUCCCCAAUCUUUUCUGGCUUGGUGGUCCUUACGCUGCAGGUCACAGUGGAACCGUUCCAAACAGCAUGGAGAACCAGAUCGUCUAUGUGGCUAAGGUCUUGCGCAAGAUACGCAGUCAAGGUAUCAAGACUAUCGCACCAUCAAAGCAGGCGACAGAUGAUUUUGUUGAAUAUUGUGACAAUUUUUAUCCGCGAACUGUAUGGUCGGCAAACUGCAGCUCAUGGUAUAACGGUGGUCAACCCGGCUCGCGUAUCCAUGGCUUGUUCCCUGGAAGUGCAUCUGCCGCGAAUUACAUCCGUCGAGAUCCUCGCUGGGAGGAUUGGGAGUAUACUUAUGUCAAUUCUAGUGGCAAUCGCUUUGCGUACUUUGAGAAUGGCUGGACUUCGAGAGAGAAGAAUCCUAAUGCUAAUUUGGUGCCGCAUCUCUAUCUCCCUGAGGAGGUUGAUUUGAAGAAACAUAUGGAAGGGUGGUGGGAUGUUUGA